AUGCGGGGCAUGGAGAGAUUGGAGAAGCGAAGGACAAUGGAAGAGAGGAACUUUUUGAUUUCCAAGGCGAGAGCACAGAACUUCAAUCCUCCUGUGGACCUACGCUUGCUAGACUACAUUGGUGACUGCGACGACAAUCUCACAUGCCCCAUCUGCCGCUGUCCGUUCGUGGAUCCCGUCGUCCUGGCCGAUUGCGAUCACUAUUUCUGCCGCGACUGUAUACGACAGACGUGGAAUGCCUCGACUGCAUAUAACCCACUGGGCCCGAGAGGAGACUGCCCAACGUGUCGCACGCCCGCCAAGCUGAAUGCGCGAUCGGCAACGAGCAAGAUCCUGAUCAACAUUGUGGACGACUUGCUGGUCAGAUGUCCCAAGGCCGAAGAAGGUUGCAAGCUGGAGAUCAAGCGUGGCGAAGUGCAGGAUCACGUAUCAAUAUACUGUGGCUUCGCUCUGAUCGAAUGCCCGGAUUAUAAUUGCGAGCUGCCCGUGCGACGGAAGGACUCGAAGGACGGGUGCCUUCACUACCCCGUCAGCUGCAUCGCUUGUCGCGAGGAGAUGCAGAAAUGCUACCUUGAGAAACACUGGAAGACCUCGUGUCCCGAUCGGAAAGUUGCCUGCGAGCUUUGCAAAAUCAGAGUAUAUUACCGCGACCUUGGUGAGCACAAAACGAGGCAGUGCUCUGCCAAUGUGAUCCCAUGCCCGGGUCACGCACUUGGCUGCAACAAUCGCAGCAUGAAAUCGCAGGCUGAAAGGCACACCAGAUCGUGCGCAUUCGCCAAAAUGGCCCCGCUAUUCACUGCGAUGACAGAGCGCAUGGACGAGCAAGAGGCUGCACAGAAGGAAAUGAGUCGGAAGCUAGAAGUCCUCGAAAAUGGCUUCACAUCAAUGCACAGCAUCCUCUAUACCAGAAUAGACGACCCAGACCGCACAAGUGCUGAUCCCAGCUCAAUACCAUUGCUCCAGGAUCAUAACCGGCGCAGUCCCGCGCCCACAGAUGAUGUCGCCUCGCCAAUGGAAGAAGCUGAGUUGGGCUUCGCUAGAUUAACCCACGCGGACGUCGCACCGGGAACAUCUCCACGCUCAGCCCGACAUACGACCUCUCGCCAAACGCCUGAUGUGCCUGGACCACGACCAGCAGACAGUUCCGAGCCUUUCAGCCCAGAUUUCGACCUUGCCUCUCCGUUUCCACCCCCAGCAACGAAUGGACCGUACGCCUCCCCACUCCACCACCUGCUUUCUAUGCAUGAAAGCUUGCGGGACGAGAUGUCCCGCGUUAGCGCCGCAUUACAAGAAGUCGAUGGUCGACAUCAAAUGCAGACUCUCAACGAGAAUCUGCGAACACGGGAAGAGAUCUCGUACUUGACCGCCCAGGUUGCCGGUCUUAGUAGACAGGUGCACUGGUUGACUUCUGCGCAAUUGCAACGACAAGGCAGAAGUGGCACAGCGGGUGCUGGUGCUUCUGGAGAAGCCGGACCUAGUGUUGGAGCUGCACUAUCAUCCGCUGUGCAAGGCGCUGCGAGGAUGGUCAGCGGGGCUGGGCGAGAGGGGACGCCUCCUAUGCCAGUACGGAGAGGGACGAGCGAAGAAGGGAGGACUAAGCUUUGAGUCUAUCGGCAAUCACAGGAAGAUGAAGCAUGAUGGCGCGACGGGAGGAUCAUCCUCAGCAUUUGUUUCCCAUGGCGAUGGUGUUAUGUCCCUAUUCUGAACAGUGAGGGGAACUUGAACUUUUCGAGCUCUAUGGUAAUGAUGAUGAUCAUUCCAUGACGACAGGACCACUGGACUGCUGUAGUCGAUCUUGUAAUGAGAUCUUACCAUCGAUAUCAACAUAUAUUGACAUAUUUUGGACGCUGAAGCGGAUCUAGAUGUCCGCAAUGCGAGGUCACGAAUUGGAAACAGUUUGUCACAAAUAUCGGUGUCUGUCUCCAAUUGUCGACUUCGGGACGACUGCAUUUAGCAUCAAUCGGUAUGCUGACAGAAGACUGGCUAGCCCUCUUUCGUGCCUUCAGCACCUGCGGCAGUCGAAGUCAUUGAUGACGAUGAUGAGUGCAGAGAUGUUCUCUACCUGGGUAUGUGUCUACCAAGAGAGGCGAGGGAGAGGGCGCCAAGAUGGCUGGUCCGUGCCGCUUGGCUGUGAGCAUGAAAAUGGCCCGAGUCUCGGAGACUAAACUACCUAAUAACAAUAAUAAGAGAGGUCGACUCACCAACAUGCUUUUUCAUCGCACACUCGUCGGGCUCCUUCAUCGACAUACUGAUCCAUAAUGGCUGAGUCGCCCAGAGAGCCAGAGCACGCGCUCAAGCAAGCCAACGCCCAAGAGCAGGAUGCUGAGCAUGGGAUUGGGCACAGCUCCACAGACACGCCACCAGUCGACCCAGUCCGGAUGCGCAAGAUCUACCGGAAGCUGGAUCUACGGAUUAUACCACCUUUCUGGCUCCUCUAUUUCCUCUGCUCGGCUAUUCGCUCCAAUGUCGGCUUGGCACAGACGAUGAAUACAGCCAAUGGCCACAACCUCGGAGCAUAUCUCGACAUUUCUAGUCACCAAGUCUCUACUGGUCUAGCACUCUUCUAUGUCAGCUAUGUCAUCUUCGAGGUUCCCUCCAACCUCGCUAUGAGCAAGCUAUCCCCUUCGACGUGGCUUGCCCGAAUUGUAAUCACUGUGGGAAUUAUCGGCACGGCAAUGGUGGGCAUGACGAAUGCUGCAGGCUAUUAUGUGCUCAGAUUCUUGCUCGGAGCUGUAGAAGCUGGCAUGUGGCCCGGCAUGGCAUUGUUUUUGACAAUGUUCUACCCGCCUCAGCGAAUGGCGAAGCGCAUCGGGUGGUACUUUACAGCUUCGCAGGUCUCAGCGGCUGUCGUGGGACUUGUCAGUGCAGGCUUCCAGGAGAUGGAUGGGGAUGGAGGUCUUGUGGGCUUUCAGUGGAUGUUCUUGCUUUGGGGGCUGGUGACGUUGCUCUGUGGUAUCGGUCUGGUCUGGUGGCUUCCCGAUCGACCACUUGCACCAGGAGAGCAGCAGAAAGUGACAUGGCUCAAUAAGUAUCUCCCCGUUACGAAGCCUGCAUUGUCGGGCGAUGACGCUCUCCUGCACUACUACGACCUCAAGCAGGCUUACCACAGCAGCAACUGGAACAUGCGAGAUUUGUGGAAUGUGAUGAUUGAUUGGCGGUUUUGGCCACUGCUCGUCAUGUACUUUGGCGUUGUUGGAGUGGGCAAUGGCGUACAAUCCUAUGGCACUGUCAUUCUCAAAGCCAUCAAUCCGGCGUUCACAGGAGUCCAGCUGAGCUUGUUGUAUGCACCCAUCUGGAUAUGCGAUCUCAUCGGCAUUCUUUGCGUGACGCCUAUUAGCGAUCGCUUUCACAAGCAGAGAGCAUUAUGGUUCAGCCUCGCAACCGCUCUUCAGAUUCUUGGCCUCCUUGUGACUACAUACGCUGGCGAUUCCACUGCUGGAAGAUGGGGUCGCUAUGUAGGCCUUCUCAUAGUAGGCUUCGGAUUGGGUCCGACAGUGCCCAUUACCAUGACGUGGACUGCUGAGAUCUUUCAGCCAAGACACGGUGAGAUUGGAGUUGCAGCUGCGUCCGCUCUAGUGUCCGGACUAGGAAACCUUGGAUCCGUCGUCACCAACUAUGCUCUUUUCUCCGGAUGGCCAGAAGACGCACGCAGAUCACCAGUAUAUGUUGGCUCCAACUGGGUCAUGAUUGCUAUGCUCCUUGCGAGUAUCGCGUGUAGCUUUCUGAUGCAAGGACUUUUGCGGGCAACGGCGGCGGGACCCCGCUCGGGAUGAGGACAUUUAUCUGCGCUCAGCAAGAAACUGCAGAAUCCAACCGCAGUCCAGGCCUCGUCCUGUGGAGAGCACAUGUGUGUUUCGUGCCAUGGCAGGUCUGCAGACAUCGAGCCAUGUCACGACUUGCACGGACGCGAUCGACAAUUUGGAUCGUUUCAACUCUACAUGUCCAUUCCAGCUCAAUUGUCUGCCAUAUAACAAGCAAGCUCGCCGUCGUCUCCAGGCAAUCGCUUGUUGCGGACGACCACCGGCGGCGAGACCAAUCAUAGCUUCAACAGGGCACGCCGAUCAAAAAGUGUCGAGACUGCCAAGGCUCGGGCGUACUCUCACUUCUUCGUAUUGUAUGCGAGCAUUGGCUUUUGGAAGUAGCAAGUUAUCACAGGAAUUGCGAGGCUGACGUCCAACGUGCCUGAAAGCCUACUAUGAGUGGACGAGUAAUAGCAAAAGCAAGUAGGAGGUAAGCUUGGUCAUGUUGGAGACAGAAGCGGAGCAAGUUUCAUCAAGUUCUAAGCGAUUCGCUCGAACGGAAUCCCGUAGGCCUGACGAAUCAGGUAAUCUAGCAAGUUUAUCAACACCCGACCACCUCGUCGAUUUUCUCACAUAUAUCAGCAUUGUAACAAUGGCGACUACAUUCGGACUUGAUCUGGUCAACCAAGCUCCAGAAGGCACCAAACUAUGGCUUCUCCACUGCGGCAACCUCGAAGCAGACGAAGGAUGGUUCAUGCGAGGCGCGGGUACCACGACAGCCUCCAAUCCCACGCAGAUUGCACCUCGUCGAAAAGCUGUCAUCAUAUCAGUCCUCAUUGAACAUCCCACCGAAGGUCUGAUUCUCUUCGAAACAGGUGGCGGCGACAACUAUCCCGAAGUGUGGGGAGCUCCUCUAAAUGACAUUUUUGCCCGUGUCGACUACUCGCCGGAGCAUGAACUUCCCGCUCAGAUCAAGAAGACUGGCCAUGAUAUCAAAGACGUCAAAGCCGUGAUUAUGGGUCACAUGCAUCUCGACCACGCGGGAGGUCUGGAGAACUUCAAAGGAACGGAAGUGCCCAUAUACAUCCACGAAAAGGAGUUGAAGCACGCUUGGUAUGCUGUCGCCACCAAAUCGGAUCUCGGCGUCUAUCUGCCCAAGGACUUAUCACUGGAUUUGAACUGGAAAGCCUUCCAUGGACCCUUUUUGGAAUUCGCCCCGGGGAUUAAUCUGAGACAUGCUCCCGGCCACACUCCCGGACUGGUGAUUAUGCAAGUCAAUCUGAAAGAGUCUGGAACGUGGAUUUUCACGAUAGAUCAGUAUCACGUUCACGAGAAUUGGGAGUCUGGUAUUCCGCAGGGCUGGCUGGCACGAGACCAUGAUGACUGGGUAGAGUCAGACCAGAUGAUUAAAGCUUUGCAGAAGCGUACAAAUGCCAAGAUGGUAUUCGGUCACUGUGCCGAUACAUUUUUCUCAUACCAGAUUGCUCCUCAUACAUAUAUGUAGUAUGUAGUAUUUGACCAUACUUAUUCACUC